AUGGAGGAGCAGAAGCAGGAAUUCUCUCAAUUCAAAGGCCAGCCAAGGCUUCCCAAAUUCGCAAUCCCCAACUGCUAUGAUCUCAAACUGAAACCCGACCUCGCCGCAUGCAAGUUCACCGGCGCCGUCGACAUCUCCGUCGACGUUGUCUCCGUCACUAAGUUCCUCGUUCUUAACGCAGCCGAACUCUCCGUCAGCCCUGACUCCGUCAAUUUCACAUCCAAUAAUAAGGUGGUUGAGGUGUUUGAUGUGGAGAUGUGUGAGAAGGACGAGAUAAUAGUGUUGGAGUUUGAGGAGAAUUUGCCUCUUGGAGUUGGAGUUUUAAGCAUGGAUUUUGAGGGGACUCUCAAUGAUAAAAUGAAAGGGUUUUAUAGAAGCACCUAUGAGCAUAAUGGGGAGAAGAAAAAUAUGGCUGUUACCCAGUUUGAACCAGCCGAUGCAAGGCGUUGCUUCCCUUGUUGGGAUGAGCCUGCUUGUAAGGCUACUUUCAAGAUUACAUUGGAAGUACCAGCAGAACUCAUAGCUCUUUCCAACAUGCCAGUCAUUGAAGAAAAAAUUAAUGGGAAUCUGAAGACAGUAUAUUAUCAAGAAUCGCCAAUCAUGUCAACAUACUUGGUAGCAGUUGUUGUUGGCUUGUUUGAUUAUGUUGAAGAUCACACCCCUGAUGGAAUCCCUGUUAGGGUGUACUGCCAAAUUGGCAAGGUAAAUCAAGGGAAAUUUGCCCUGGAUGUUGCUGUUAAAACACUUGGCCUCUACAAGGAGUACUUUGCAGUGCCAUAUUCGCUGCCCAAAUUGGACAUGAUUGCAAUUCCUGAUUUUGCUGCUGGAGCUAUGGAGAAUUAUGGACUAGUUACAUAUCGAGAAACUGCUUUGCUCUAUGAUGAUAAGCACUCUGCAGCUGCUAACAAGCAAAGGGUUGCCACUGUUGUGGCACAUGAACUUGCACAUCAGUGGUUUGGCAAUCUUGUGACUAUGGAAUGGUGGACACAUUUAUGGCUGAAUGAGGGAUUUGCAACAUGGGUGAGCUAUUUAGCUACUGAUAGAUUGUUCCCAGAGUGGCAAAUUUGGACUCAGUUUCUUGAGGAAAGUACUGAAGGGCUUCGACUAGAUGGGCUUGCAGAAUCUCACCCCAUUGAGGUAGAUGUAAAUCAUGCACGUGAAAUUGAUGAGAUUUUUGAUGCAAUCAGUUACAGAAAGGGUGCAUCUGUCAUUCAGAUGCUACAGGGCUAUCUUGGCCCUGAAUGUUUUCAGCGGGCGCUUGCUACAUACAUAAAACGGUAUGCUUGCUCAAAUGCAAAGACAGAAGAUUUAUGGUCUGUUCUUCAGGAAGAAUCUGGUGAGCCGGUGAAGAGGCUAAUGAACUCAUGGACAAAGCAGAAAGGUUAUCCUGUUGUCUCUGUGAGAGUCGAAGGCCAAAAUUUGGAGUUUGAGCAGACACAAUUUCUAUUGAGUGCUUCUCGUGGUGAUGGGCAAUGGAUAGUUCCUGUAACGUUGUGCUGCUGCUCUUAUGAUGCUCGUAAAAGUUUCCUGCUGCAAACAGUGUCUGGAAGUCUUGAUUUGAAGGAGUUCUCAUGUGCCUCAGUUUCAAAUGUCAGUUCUUGGAUAAAAGUUAAUGUAGAUCAGACUGUAGCAGGAACUCGUAAAUUGGAUGGACCAAUAGUGUUUUCCGUUAGUGCUUUAAUCCCUUUUAGAGUGGCCAAUGCAGAAUCUGCAGCACUAAUCUUUGGUGUUUUGUCUUUCUUAAGAUACUUAAAUGGUCCUGCAAAAGGUUCAUGUGAGAGAAGAUCAGCUAAUGGAAAUGUGGCAUCACUGUCAGUAGUUGUCCCCAAUUGUGUUCCUGCUAAAUCAACAACAGCACUUGCCAACUGA